CUACCCACGCAUCUACCCACACAUUCUCCCCUCAUCAUGAACCCUGCAAGAUCUGCUGCUGCACGCGCCGUGCGCGCCAUCUCCUCUUCUGCAAGGCAACCUGCCGCCCGCACCAUCACCACUGCGGCUGCACGAGCAAUCCGUGCUAGCGCUCCCGUUGCCGUGAGAAGCCCUGUGUUUGUCCAGCAACGUGGCGUCAAAACCUUGGACUUUGGUGGAUCAAAAGAAACCGUCUGGGAGAGAUCUGACUUCCCCAAGGAAAAGCUCCACAAGAUCUUUGCCAACGACACUUUUGCCGUCCUCGGCUACGGUACACAAGGAUAUGCCCAAUCGCUCAACCUUCGCGACAAUGGUCUCAAAGUGAUUGUUGGUGUGCGUAAGGGCGGUCACUCUUGGGAGGCUGCAAAGAAGGACGGCUGGGUGGAAGGCAAAACCCUGUUCUCCAUCGAAGAAGCUGCUGACAAGGGUACUAUCUUGAUGUACCUUUUGUCUGACGCUGGUCAGAAGGAGGGUUGGCCUACCAUCAAGCCAUACGUGACAAAGGGCAAAACACUCUAUUUCUCCCACGGUUUCAGUGUCGUAUUCCCCGAACAGACUGGCGUUGUGCCACCAAAGGAUGUAGACGUGAUCCUUGCUGCCCCCAAGGGCUCUGGUGCUACCGUCCGCUCCUUGUUUCUGGAGGGCCGCGGAAUCAACUCGUCUGUUGCUAUCCACCAAGACGUAUCUGGUCAAGCUCGCGAGCGAGCAUUUGCCAUGGGUGUUGCAAUUGGAUCUGGAUACCUCUACGAAACUACAUUCAAGAAGGAGGUGUACUCUGACCUUACUGGUGAGCGUGGUAUCUUGAUGGGUGCCAUUCAAGGAGCGUUUGCCGCUCAGUACGACGUCCUCCGUGCCAAGGGUCACAGUCCCUCUGAGGCUUUCAACGAAACUGUCGAGGAGGCGACCCAGUCUCUAUACCCAUUGAUUGCAAAGAAUGGUAUGGAUUGGAUGUACGCCAACUGCAGUACCACCGCUCGUCGUGGUGCUCUUGACUGGGCGCCCGAAUUCUACAAGGCCACCAAGCCUGUGUUUGAGGCUCUGUACGAGUCUGUCGAGAACGGAUCUGAGACCAAGAGGAGUUUGGAGGAGAACAGCCGACCAGACUACCGGGAGCGAUUGGAGGCCGAGCUCCGUGAAAUCCGUGAAAGUGAAAUGUGGCGGGCUGGCCGAACGGUGCGAAGCCUCCGUCCCGAGAACAAUUAAAAUGUUGCGUACGAUGGGGAUGGUAAGCGGGUAGAUGGAAACCAUUUGUUGUAAUUAAGUAUUUGGAUGAAUUUGAAUGCUACUGGUUUGACAGUCGAAUGUUGUCUAAUUCGGUUGCAAUGUGUAAUUUGAGAAAUGAUGCAAUAAAAGGGUUUGUUUUAAAAGAGC